ACCCAUUCUUCUUCUUCUUCAGUUCUUCUUCUCCUCCUCCUCGCCUCCUUCCCCUUCUUCGAAACCCUAAAUUUUCCCCAAACUCCAACAGAGAAAUUCGACAUCUCCUCUCUUCUGUGGACGAAGAUAACAGCAAUUGGACAAGUAACAUGGACAUGUCCACCCUGCAACCAUUAUAUUAUUGCAAUGCAGUACAAUUUUCUGGGGUUGCUCAAGAAGGUAAGAGACUUUGGAUCAGAGCAAGAACUGCACCGAUACAUUAUAGGCUCCUCAAGCUAAUUCAUAGCUGUCGUCGUUGGAUUGACCCGUCCGGCGUGGACAUGGUUCCGAUCAGAGUAAAACUCUACCAGCAAACAGUAACUGUCCGCUGGGAUGAGUUUUGUAGAGGCCUUAGUUUUGAUGAACCAAAAUGGGUAACUGAAAGACGAUUUAUUGUCCCCGUCUCUGAUUUCAAGGAAUUAUCGAAAUUGGGUGGUUAUAGAAAGAUUGUGGCCGGGUAUCUUUCCAGCAUGCGCGUCCCAGAAGAUGAGCAGGAAGCUAUUAUUCAAGAAAUAUUUUGGGCAAUUUAUCAUGCCGUCCCUGGAUUUCCCAUUAUUGUGAGGAUACUGCAGUUGACUCUGCAAGUAGCGAACAAUGCAAUUACAUCAUAUAUUGAGGGUUUGGAGAGAGUGAGAGUUGAUAGUUUGGAGGAAGCUAAUAGACAUACAACUUGCGCUAUUUGUACGGAGGACCUUGAUCACUUUGAAGGGAUUGAUAAUGAUGAGCAGAUGAUUAUUCGCUUGCCCUGCUUGCACCUUUAUCAUGGAGAUUGCAUUGUCCCUUGGCUGGAGAGGUGUCUGGACUGCCCCUUGUGUCGACAGUUUAUGCCUUUUCUUAUGCCUAUUGUGCAAGAGGCUAAUUCAUCAUCAAAACCCUCAGGCCUACUGCGUUGGCCUACACUGCUCAUGAUGUCUGCUGGCGGUAUAAUAACUGCUACGCUUCUGUGCAGAUUAUUGAAGCGAACUUGAGAAUGAAGAUGCUUGCACAUCUUGCAUAGCCGCCUCUACUGUUUAUAUAUCUUACCAUUGACCUUGUAUUUGGCUGUUAAAUUAUUUUCCUUCAGCGUUUCAAUUGUUUCUUUUCUCUUUUAAACAAACCAGCAUUUGAAUUUACAGAAGUAGAUGAAGAUAGUCAUAUAUUAUUUAUCACAACUCUUUAUCCUUUCAUACAAUAGUAGAAACUACAGGUGUAACUGGUUAAUAUGGUCAUCUGUACUUUAUUUAUUAAAACCAUGUGUUUUAACUUUUGAUUCUGAUGCAUCCAUUAUUCAUGUUCGUGUCUGGAAUUCCUGAUCUUCACUACAUUUCUACAGCUGAAAUGGAGAGAGGGAGAGUGAGUGAGUGAGUGAUACUCUCAGAUUUAUGGUCAAGUAUAUAUAGCACGGGGAACUGGUUUGGAGAGUUGGAUUGUACGUACACUGUCAAGUGCUUCAAGCCUGAUAACUGAAGUUCAUGUUGCUUUGAAAAUGAGAGGUCGGUCAUUUCUUGAAAGAGAUCUGGUAUGGGACCUGAUGUUGUGCCUGUGAACCCAAGACAGUCAUCUCCUGAAUGAUAUUCAGCAUGGGACCGGUGAUGUUGGUUUCGACUGUAGAAUUACAAGGUUGUUCAUGCAAAUCUUGUUAUAUUGGUCUAGGCCUUUUUGUGCUUUGCUAUGGUAUUUAUGCAAUGGUCUGUAGCAUGUAAGUCUUAGAGAUUCUUUGUGAAAUACUACCACGGGGGGUUUCUUUGGCAACAAUAAGGCUGAUGUCAUUCAAUUGAGUUACUCCCAGUUCCCAUACAUCAGACUAAAAGAGGCAUAAUCUUUUAUCGA